AUGCCGGUAUCAUCGACAGACAUUGAGGCACAGCCAAGUGCAAGAUUGUUAGGGGCGGAUGAGGACAAGGACAAGAAGGCUGGAGAGAUCGAGCGGAGGCAGAGCGGCGCUAUACGCCAGCGAAGUGGGCAACAGGCACUUACCUCAAUAGUGCACAGCUGGGCGUCUCGCAAGUUCGCAGUUGGAUGCGCUAUUCUGUUCCCCGUAGCGGUUACUGUCUACGUAACUUGGUGGUUUCUCACCUUCUUUGACAACUUCUUCUCGCCUAUUUACUACAAGCUCUUCGAUUUCCAUGUAUUCGGACUGGGUUUCAUUACCUCCAUGGCUUUCAUUUUCUUAAUCGGUGUUUUCUUCUCGUCCUGGUUGGGUUCUGCACUUCUGGGGAUUGGAGAAUGGAUUAUUAAGCGCCUCCCACUUGUAAAGCAUAUCUAUUCCGCAUCGAAACAGGUCAGUGCAGCUAUCAAUCCGGAAAAUGAGGCUUCAAAAGCUUUCCAGGAAUGCGUAAUAAUUCGGCAUCCACGGAAAGGAGAGUAUGCCAUUGCUUUCAUAACAGGACGCACUGUGCUGCAGACCGGAUCACAAGACACGAAGCUCAAUACCGUUUACGUUCCAACGAACCACGUGUACGUUGGUGAUAUAUUCCUUCUUGAAGACAAGGAAAUUACUCAUACAAAUUUAUCCGUCCGUGAGGGCUUAGAGAUCAUCGUAUCAUGUGGCAUGGCCAUCCCGCCAAAUCUGGUUGCUAUCCCAAAACCUUAA